CGCUCCGGCUCCGGCUUCCGUGGCCGAGCCACUCCGACCAAACACCACGUGGCACGCGUCCGAGUUGCACGUGCAUUCGCGGAGCUGCGAGAGCCCUGUGCGCGCGCGAGAACGGGCGCUUGCGAGAGAGCUUGCGAGAGAGCUUGCGAGGGGUGUUCUCGCCGCCGGGGAUAGCGGAGAGCGCGUCUCUCUCUCUCUCUCUUUUUGCCGUGAGAGAUUUUCUUUCCUGCGCGGACUCCUUAAACAACUUCUUUCUGUAAUAUAUCCCCUCGAUCCUACAGUCAGUCCCCCUUGCUCUUUUACCCUCCUUUUUUAAACCUUCUCUUUCCUUCUCUUUUCCUCUUACGUUUCCCCCACAAUCCCUCCUUAUUCUUGUCGACGCCUUUUAUAUAAAUGAUAGAUCGAGUCACUGUCAUAUUAUACAUUUGUCAUACUGUGACGUGAAAGAUUUUGCUGUGCUUCGAAAAAUCCGCUGAGAUCGACGUCUUUCGACUUCGGUAAAGAUCAAGAUCUAUCGACAACGAUAAAGAUCUCGACAAGUUACGGACAAGGCGAUAAAAUGACUAUGGAUGGGAGCAAGAGCGAACCGGGCAAGAAUGGGGCCACUCAACAGGAAUGCGCGGGUUGCGGAAAGGCGAUUACGGAGAGGUAUCUUCUAAAAGCAUUGGACAUGUAUUGGCACGAGGAUUGCUUGAAAUGCGGAUGUUGCGACUGCAGACUCGGUGAGGUCGGCUCGACGCUCUACACCAAGGCUAAUCUCAUCCUUUGCAAAAGGGAUUAUUUACGACUCUUCGGAAAUACCGGUCACUGUGCGGCAUGCAGCAAAGUUAUCCCGGCGUUCGAGAUGGUGAUGCGCGCGAGGACCAACGUUUACCACUUGGAGUGUUUCGCUUGUCAACAGUGCAAUCAUAGAUUUUGCGUGGGCGACAGAUUUUAUCUCUGUGAUAACAAAAUCCUCUGCGAGUACGACUACGAGGAGAGGCUGGUUUUCGCCAAUAUGGCGCUACAUCCUCCGCCAAGCGCGACUUUGGCGCACAUCAAGAGACAAGUGACCCAUCUUCAGCCACCGGUAAAAAAAAUUUGUGCUUUUAUUAUUACGAAGCUCAAUCGCGCGACGAUAGAAUGAUACGUUUAUAGAGAG